ACUGAUGACGUCUGGCCUUUAUAAGAAACCAAAGAGAGUUUUGUAAGGAGUUAUCUUUUGUCUGUUAUUGAAAGAACAUUUCAAGAGUGUAACAUCCACCAGUGAAGCAUCAAAUAAGCCUCAAAAGAUGUGCUGAAGUUUUUAAGACAACUUGUGCCCGCAAGGGGCAUUUGCCCCCUACCCCCAAAAAAUAAGUUGUCAAGUGUGAAGAAGCUGUAAUAAGAGACAAAAGGACAAAGAAAGUGAAAACCAAAGAAAGGCAACAGAGGAAGAAGGAAAAAACACACAGGAAAAGGAACGCAGAAAGUAACACCAUGGAGAAAUCUUUUUCACCUGAGCCUAACAACUUCGAGUUUGUUUUCCCAGAUGACUGUAUCACUAGGACUGAGGACGACUGGUGUCUGGUUGACGUAAGUUCUCCAGAAUUUCCGGGGCGUGGAAGCCCUCACCCAGGCCAUGGGACCCCUCCCCCAAGCCCUCCUGAUUCCUGUAAGGUCACAGAAGAGGAUGACCUCCUCCUAAGUUACGUCUCUGUCCUUCGGGAGGGCGACAGAGAGGAAAUUCAAAACGGAUGGAGCUCUGAUGAUAGAUCUGUCGUUUUGGGAUCACCUGUCAUUUUUGAAGAAGCUCAGGAUGACCCUACGAAUCCUACAGCAGAAGUCGUAGGAUUAACAAAGGAUUCUACCGAUACUCGGGAUGACCAUUUGAAUCUUACAGUGGAAGUGGUAGGAUUAAGAAAGGAUAUUAUUCGUUUUAAACCAGAUCACUUUGCCGAAUGGGAUGAAAGUUCUUUUUACGGAGAGAGAACUGUCGACAAUUCUUCAGUGUUCGACAACCGUUUAGAUAUAUACGUCACGGGUCGAUACAAGAAAGGGAAGAAGUGCGACCUCUUGGGAAACAGGUUCAGGAAAAAGCAUCGAACCAAAGAACGCGUGAACUGGACUUAUCCCUUCAUCCAGAGAUAUUUCGAUCCAUGCUAAGACAAAGGAAGACAAGUAGUUACCACGCUUAGACUUGGGACACACCCAGUGUCCCUUGUUGCAGGUGCCCAAGCUGCAAUGGACACCCCACCAAGUGAUUCAAGAGCCGAACCGCCACUUAGAAGAUGUAGGCGAUUAGCUGGUUUGCUGUUAGAGAAUGAAGGGACAACAUGAAGAGCCAACUACCCAUCUUCAAACAACAACCUAUUUGUAAACAAAAACAAAGUUUUUACGUAGCCGCUUUUUGUAAUAAUAGUCAGAUUGACAAGGAGGACCGUGCAGGCCAUCGAAAUCUUUCUGCUGUAUAUAUUUUAAAUAACAAAAUGAAACACGCAUACUACUGUGGAUUUACU